CAGUGUGUUACGUCAAAGCCCGCAUUCGUCGCAGCCUUAUCGGUGGCCGGUUGUGCACAUAUGACGGCGGACAAAAGAGGUAUUUUUACGCGGCCUACGUGACGAGCGAGCGAUGAUAAGAUGCACGCCUCCCGAACAGCUGAGCGACGGCACUGAACAGCUGACGAUCUCAGCAGCAGCAGACGCCAGCGAGAUACGAGCAUGUGGGAAAUGUGUUCGCGGCUGGAUCGGUGGCAGCUCUCGCUGCUGACCAGUGCGAAACACACGGACUCGUGGUGAUCAAGGGAUGUUUGUCGGCCGGCCUAAACUUUAGACAGGGGGAGGGGCAGCGUGUUGUGCCGGCGCAAAGGGUGUCGCCGGCGUCAAGGCCGCCGCCACCUAGCGUGGAGUGCAAAAAAAUGCACUUGUUAGAUCACGUGACAGGGCCGCCAUCGCUCAUGUCGUGUGGGUGACUGCUUGCAACCGUGCGCUACUUAUUUGUGCGGCCCCCAUAGAGAGUACCACCGAAGCCGCCAGCUGCCGGCCCGAUCCGUCCGAGCACCAUGAAUAUGCCGUGGAAGAUCAAGGAGCUGGUGGAUAAAGCCACCAACAUGGUGAUGAAUUACACCGAAAUGGAGGCCAAGGUGCGCGAGGCGACCAACGACGUGGCCUGGGGUCCACCGGGCCAGCUGAUGCAGGAGAUCGCGCAGGCCACUUUCUCGUACGACCACUUUCCCGAGGUGAUGGGCAUGCUGUGGAAGCGCAUCCUGCAGGACAACAAGCGCUGUUACCGGCGGCCCUACAAGGGCCUGCUUCUGCUCGACUACCUAGUGCGAAACGGCUCCGAAAGGGUCGUCACCUCAGCGCGGGAGCACAUUUACGACCUGCGCAGUCUAGAGAACUAUUCAUUCAUUGACGAGAUCGGAAAGGAUCAAGGCGUCAAUGUGCGCCAGAAAGUGAAAGACCUCAUCGACUUUAUUCAGGACGACGAGAGGCUACGCGAGGAGCGCAAGAAGGCGAAGAAGGCCAAGGACAAAUACAUCGGAUUGUCUGGCGAGUCGCUGGGCUUCCGGUACAGCGACCGGAACAAGUUCGACGACAUGGACCACGGGUCGCGUCUGGGUCGUCGGCACAGCUUCGAGGACUCGCCCGAGAACAGCAACGACGAGGAACGCGACGAGCGGCCAGGCGGGGGCGUGACGUACCGCGACGAGCCUCGGACGCCUAGUUGGAAGCCGCAAGCCAAGAAGCUGGACAUGGGCGCCGCCGCGAACUACGGCCGGGAGGCCUCGCCGCCCUCUAGCCCGGCCGCCACCGCGGCGGCGCCGAGCCUGCCAGCAGCCGACUUGCUGGGUGACAUCGCCAGCACACCGACCACGACGCCGACCGCGAACGGAGACUUUGCCGACUUCAGCCAAUUCCAAAGUGCUACGGCACCGCCGCCCAGCGCCCAAGACGAAUUCUCGGACUUCGCGUCCUUCACAUCGUCGAGCAGCAUUCCAAGCGGCCUGAUAGACCUGCCUGUGCAGGCGACCAGUGUCCAACCCAGUUUGCAUACCAGUCCCGCCAUGCCACCAGCCCUGCCGGCAACCAGUGUGCCACCAACUCUGCAUACGAGUCCCAUCUCGCAGCCUGUUCUGCAAGCGAGCCCACUGGCGGGACUGCAACCAGUGAUACCUGCUAGUCCAUUGGCAGGCAUGCCGCAGACCAGUCCCCUGUCCCCACUGCAACCACAGCUGCAAACAAGUCCCCUCACUGGUCUGCAGUCACCAGCCGGUGGCAUGGUGGGCCUCCCCAUGGGCUUUCCCAUGGCAGCACAGCCAGCUGGCUUUCACAUGGGCUACACACUUGCACCCCAGGCUGGCCUUGCCCAACCUGUUGCAUUCCAAGGGCUACCAGGUCUUGUGCGGCAGCCAAGCCCUGGCUGCGCACCACUGACACCAAGCCCUGCUGGAGCACCACCCUCCAUAUUUGGGGGAACAGUAGGUGGUCAAACACCACAAGAAAAGUGUGGGAAAACGUGGGUGGACUCCGGUAGCAUUAACAUCAGUGUGGACAACCUGAGCUUGACCAGCAAGUAUGCAAAACCGGCGGCACCUUCUAUGAACCAGCUGGCAGCAGGUAGUUCAUUGGGACGACUGCAGUGAGGCCUCCGUGGCAGGAAUCUUGAGCAGGGUGGGGCUCCAGCCCCCGGGGGAGCUCGUGCUGGUCACAUAUCAUGUGUGGGGGGCCUCUGCCCCUGGACCGGUGCUUGUCUUCCAUUGUUUUCCCCCCUCCCGUAACCCAGGACAGGCAGAGAAAAUUGCGCUCAAGUGACACUGUGGUCACCCCCGGGCUGAAUAAAGCAAUAGAACAAAGCAGCUCCAGGGCCAGCCUGCCUCCCCUUGAUGGCCGUAUAUUUUUUAAUAAAAGCCUGGCCACUUGUUGA